GCCGCGGCGGCUACAGCGUCCGUGACCGCCCGACUUGACCCGACCGCCCGGCGGGGCGCGGGGCUGGGCGAUGAGCUGAGCGGAGAGGGACACCCGGAGCCGCCGCCACCGCCAUGGCGCACUCGCCGGUGCAGCCGGGCCUGCCGGGGAUGCAGAGUUUAAAAGCAGAUCCAGAAGAGCUGUUUACAAAGCUGGAGAGAAUUGGCAAGGGCUCUUUUGGUGAGGUUUUUAAAGGAAUUGACAAUCGGACUCAGAAAGUGGUUGCUAUAAAAAUAAUUGAUCUGGAAGAAGCAGAAGAUGAAAUAGAAGAUAUCCAGCAAGAAAUUACAGUACUGAGUCAGUGUGACAGUCCAUAUGUAACAAAAUAUUAUGGAUCCUAUUUAAAGGAUACAAAGUUAUGGAUAAUAAUGGAAUACCUUGGUGGAGGCUCUGCUCUUGAUCUAUUGGAACCUGGUUCUCUUGAUGAAACCCAGAUUGCCACAAUAUUAAGAGAGAUACUUAAAGGACUUGAUUACUUGCAUUCAGAAAAGAAAAUCCAUAGAGAUAUUAAAGCUGCCAAUGUAUUGCUGUCUGAACAAGGAGAGGUAAAAUUAGCAGAUUUUGGAGUAGCAGGACAACUAACAGAUACACAAAUAAAGAGAAAUACCUUUGUGGGAACACCAUUCUGGAUGGCACCUGAAGUAAUAAAACAGUCUGCAUAUGAUUCAAAGGCGGAUAUCUGGUCAUUAGGUAUAACAGCCAUAGAACUUGCAAAAGGAGAACCACCUCAUUCAGAGUUGCAUCCAAUGAAGGUUUUAUUCCUCAUUCCAAAGAACAAUCCACCAACGUUGGAAGGAAACUUCAGCAAAUCCCUCAAAGAAUUUGUUGAGGCCUGCCUGAAUAAGGAGCCAAGCUUUCGACCUACAGCCAAGGAGCUCUUGAAACACAAAUUUAUAUUACGAAAUGCAAAGAAAACAUCUUACCUGACUGAGCUCAUUGAUAGACACAAGAGGUGGAAGUCUGAACAGAGUCAUGAUGACUCCAGCUCUGAAGACUCAGAUGCUGAAACAGAUGGCCAGGCCUCAGGCAGCAGUGAUUCAGGGGACUGGAUUUUUACAAUUAGAGAAAAGGAUCCUAAGAGUCUGGAGAAUGGAGCAGCCCAGCCACAAGAGCUAGAAAAAAAUAAGGAAAAAAAUAUUCCAAAGCGGCCUUUGUCUCAGUGCUUAUCUACAAUUAUAUCUCCUUUAUUUAUAGAGUUGAAAGAGAAAAGUCAGGCAUGUGGUGGCAACAUGGGAUCCAUAGAAGAACUGAGAGAAGCUAUUUAUUUAGCUGAGGAAGCUUGUCCAGGGAUCUCAGAUACGAUGGUAUCACAACUUGUACGUCGGCUUGAGAGGUACUCACUAACUGGAGGAAGCAGUUCAUCCCACUGAAAUUUUGGGUUUUUUGAGUUUUUCUAAGACAGCAGUGACCCUGUUAUGUCUGCAUUGAAGAAGUGCUCUCUAAUUCCGACCUACCCAAGUUAGUGGAGUGUUCUUCAGUGAAUGGACCUUCUUGAAUGUGCAACAACAAAAAGUGUCUCAGAUAGUGUUGCUUUUCAGCUCCUUAAAGCUAUAGUUUUUUAAUUAUAUAAUGCACAUACUCCAGGGAAGUGUCUUUUUUUUUUUUGGAAAAUCUGAAAUGUAUAUUAAGGUUUGUGUUAAGGAAACUGAGGAUAUUGAGAAAUCUCAGGUAUCUUGCUUUAAGUGAACUCCUCUGGGAGAUAGAAAAAUGCUCUGUUGGAUUUGUGUACAGAUUUGUAUAUAGUGUUGCUUUUUUACUGAAACCCUUUCAAUGUGCAUAAGGAAUCACUGUGUACAAAAUGGCCAAAUGCUUCUGUAGAUAAUGCUAGUGGGGUAAAUAUUUGACAGGCCAUAACUGAUUAUCGCCUUGCCUUUAUUACAUGUACAUUUUGAAUUAUGUGAUAAGUGAUUUUGGUUGAUUUUGUAUUUUGAAGGAUUUGCCAUUGAAAGAUAGUUAAUGCCGUAUUAUGAAAUCUUCUAUCUGUACCUCAGCAGAUGCAAAAUUUCUUCCUGUCUGUCCUAACAAGUCUAAAGGUGACGUCCUGACUAUGGCACUACUUUAGAUUGUUGUAAAUUUAGCACCUCUUUUUUCAUGAAGCUUUAAAUUAUUGUUUUUAUUUUUCCUACAGGAUGAAUGCUUUUAUAUUUUCAGUUUUAAAUUGUGCCAAUGCAAAUUGAACCAUAUGUAUUGUUCAACUUUAGUAUAUACUUGUGGAGCUUGUAGUGGACUCUAAAUACCGUAUUUUCCAUCGCAGUGUGUUUGAAUGCUCACACAAAUAAAUUUUAUAACCUGCA